AUGAAGGCCCAGGCUGCUGCGCGGAAGAAUAAGAAGAGCAUGGGAGUGGAGUCCGGGCGUGAGAGGGAGGGUAGUGAGGAAAGCGACGAAUUCGGCGAGGAAGACGAAUUUGACGGCUUUGACGACGAUGACGACGAUGACGGCGACAGCGUCUCCAAUGACAGCGGCCAGGACGAUGAGGACACCACCCAAAAACCAAAGAAGCGAGAAAACCCCUACCUCCCCCCGGUUUCUACCCCCGCAGCACCGCCCAAAUACAUCCCCCCUUCUCUCCGCAACCAACCAUCAAAUGAAUCAGAAUCCCUAACCCGCCUCCGCCGCCAAGCACAAGGCCACCUCAACAAACUUUCCGAAGCAAACCUCCUCUCCAUCCUGCGCGAGAUAGAAAAGCUGUACCAAGAUUACCCACGCCGCAACGUCACAUCGACGCUUAUAGAGCUUCUGAUGGGCCUGGUGUAUGACAGGAGCGUGUUACAGGAUACGUUUAUAAUACUACAUGCGGGGUUUAUUGCAGCUGUGUAUAAAGUGAUGGGGAUGGAUUUUGGGGCAGAGCUUGUUGAGGCAGUUGUGAGGAGGUUCGAUGGGGAUUACGAGGUGGCGAGGGUGAAGGGGAGGGAGGAGAAGGAGAGUGAUGGCGGAGGGAAUAAUAACAAGGAGAUGCUGAAUGCCAUCUCGCUAUUGUCGCAUCUGUAUAGCUUCCAUGUUAUCGGAUGUAGUCUGAUCUUCGACUAUAUCCGUCUAUUCCUAACAGAGAUCACAGAACUAAACACCGAACUUCUCUUGCGAAUCAUCAAGAACUCCGGCCCCCAGCUGCGCGCCGACUCCCCCUCAACCCUCAAAGACAUAAUCCUCCUCCUCCAACCCACCCUCUCAACCCUAGACCCAAACACCCUCUCCGUCCGCACAAAAUUCAUGCUCGAAACAAUAACAGACCUAAAAAACAACCGCCUAAAGUCCAACGCCGCCUCCGCCUCCUCCCUCUCCUCAACACACAUAACAACCAUGCGCAAAAUCCUCGGCUCCCUCAAUGACUCCCCCCGCACCCUCCGUGCCAGCGAACCCAUCCGCAUCGGCCGCACAGACAUCCAUCAGGCCGAUAAGAGGGGCAAGUGGUGGCUUGUCGGCGCCAGUUGGAGGAGGGAUGAUGCGGCGAACCAGCACAACGGCCAGCAAGAUACCACCGAUGCUGGUGCUGCUAAUGCACAUGCACAUGCCGCGACAGCGCUGGCAGAUACCUUAAACGACAACGACGGCAUAGGCGGGAAAGAGGUCGAUCUCUUGCAGCUCGCCAGAGCGCACGGGAUGAACACGGACGUCCGCCGCUCGAUAUUCGUUGCCAUAAUGUCCGCCGCUGACUACCGGGACGCGCACAUGCGGCUGGCCAAACUGCGCCUGAAGCGAAAUCAGGAGGGCGAGAUACCGCGCGUACUCCUGCACUGCGCUAUGGAAGAAGAGGCGCAUAAUCCGUAUUACACGCUUAUAGCGCGCAGGCUGUGCGGAGAGCGGCGGAUGAAGAUGGCGUUUAUGUUUUCGCUGUGGGAUGUUUUCAAACGGAUGGGGGAGGGGGGGGUGUAUGGGGAUGAUGAUGGUAGUGGUGGUGGUGGUGGUGGUGGUGGUGAGGGGGACAAUGAGGUGACGAGCAAGGCUAUUGUGAAUCUGGCGAAGAUGUAUGGGAGUUUGAUUGCGGGUGGGGAGAUGGGGUUGGGGGCGCUGAAGGUUUUGGAUUUUGUGUAUAUGCAGAGUAAGACGAGGGUGUUUGUGGAGGUGCUGAUUGUUGCGGUUAUGGCGCAGACGCAGCAAAGAAGGACGCGGGAGCUUCAGAGGGAGCGGGAUGGGUCUGGGUCGAGGAAAGGACGGGAUGGUGGUGAAGGUGAGGAGGGGUUCGAUGAGAAGGCGCUGGCAGAUGUGUUUUUGCGGACGAGGGAGACGCCGCAGGUUGUGCCGAGGCUGAUUUAUUUUAUUCGGAAAGUUGUUGCGAAGACGGAUAUUGUGGUGUCGAAGAGGGAGAGGAGGAUCGUCAAGUGGGGGUGUAAGGUUGCGUUGGAUACGUUGAAGGCUGUAUCGAGGGCUGGUGGGGAUGGUUGA